GCUCUAUAGCAGCAUAAAAGCCUGUAUAGACUUUCCCCUCAGGAAAAUCGAUUCUUUGGAGUAAGCGGAACUGUUGAAAUUGAUAUUGUUGAAGGAAUUAGCCCGCGCACUUUGGAUUUUUGCGUUUUUCGGGUUCUGCGUGUGGUGUGCAGUGGUUAUGCAAUGACUGCAAAUGGUGGUGUCCAAGAGGACGGAUCUUUAAACUCGGACCUAGAGGAUGCAAAAACAUGCAGUCAGGUAAGCUGUCGUCGCAUUGCAAAACAUUGCUCGAACCUCCUUGAUGCGGUGCUUAUAUUUAAAAGCUGGUUUAUUCAAAGACAGAGUGACCUAGUAUCCAAUACUCCUGAGGUAGACAGACUAAAUGGCAACAAUUCUUUUCAACCCUACACUAAUGGUCAACGACCUGUUCUACGGGAUCAAAUGAAUCAACACUCAGCUAGUGUGGAACGAGACUGGGCAAUAAGACGCGCCAGAAGAGCUGAAAGUCAGUUGGCUAACCUUCGGAAUUCUCUCUUUGGAGUUCGUGCCCAGCUUGAAGCCGGACUUCGUCACAAACUGGAAAUGGAGCAAAUGCGGAGAGAAGUGAUGGUGUACAAAGAUACUUUAUCGCAUUAUCGAAGUAUGAUUGAUGAAGGCAAUCACUUUCGGGAUGAUUUGAAAAAUGAACUUGCUCGUGUUCGUAAAGAAGCCUCUGUUUUACGCGCACGCUUAGCAUCGUCAAAUGUUCAACGUCCUUCUACUAGUAGUCCUAUUAUCAAUACUCCACAGACUUCUCAGUACACUGCUUAUGAUAAUGCAGACACAGUGGCUACAACAAUGAUAGCUGUGGCUAACUUCCCUGAAAAUAACCAAAUAUCUCAAGAUACAGUAAUUCAAUUACGCAGAGAAAUAGAACGUCGCACUAGGUUGUCAGAAUCUCUUAAAGAUGAAGUUAACGAUUUAAGGCAAACAUUAAGUGUGAUGCUCGAAAAGGAACUCAUCCAGUCUCAUCUCAUCGAUUCAGUGCAAACAGAAUUCCAGACUCUGUGUGAGCCUGUUUGGCGUAUAUUACAAAAAGAUUAUGAUGUGAACCAAUUGAAGUCACUGAACUCGGUGUUAAACAUUCAGUGUAUGACACGGGUCUCUAAACUUCUUAAUAUACCCGUUCCUGAUCAUGUAAUAAUGGAGUUGUCUCAAUUCACAGAAUGUGAAUCUACACCUGACAAAUGUGCAAAGUCUAAACGAAGCCGGAGAUCUGUGAAUAGUUCGACUUCCAAAAGAUCUAAAAAGAGCGUAAAUGAAACAGAUAAUAAAGCCGGUCCUAGUUGUGCAAUAUCUAAAUCACCAACUAUGAAAACUAAUGGUCGGAAGUCUUGUGCAGUUAACAAAAGCCCCUCUGCAAAUUCUGUUAUUUGUGUGAAGGAGCUUAUAACUAAUCGAUGUCAAGUGGAUUUAGACGAUAGUCUGAAUGACUGUGGUAUGGUAGAUGUCAAAUCACUGGCAAAUGAGUCGUGUGGUGAUUCGAAUAAAGUAGAAGUAAUGUCUAUAUCCUCAAUGAGUGAGAGUGAAGCGUCCAAAUCAAAUUGUCGUGAUCUGAUAAUACCUGAUAUAUCUUCGGAUGACAACGAUGAUGGUGAUGAUGAUGAUGAUGACGCUAAUGAUCAUAAUGAACCUUUAACAAUAUGUGACGAGAAUAUGCCAGCAGAUUCCAAUAAAAUGAUUGAGUCUCCAUCACAUGAAAUGAAUUGCACAAGUUUGGCUCCCGACACCUGUAGCUCUCCUAAGAAUCGAUCAAGAAACUCUCCUAAUGGUUACAAUAAAAAAUCUGAUUUUUCAUCAAUGCCAAAUACUCGAUCGGAUAUCAAUACCACUCCAAAUUUACAAUCGAAAUCAGUGGAAAACAGUCCCGAGUGCUCACAACGGUGUCUACGCAUUUCGGAAACAUCACCAGUGAUGAAUAAUACUUCUGAGGGAAGUAAAGGUUCAACUGAAGUUGUCGAUGUUCCUGAUAUAUCCGAUAAGAUUACAAAAACACCAGAUUUGUCCUCAUCAAAAGAGUCUGAGGUAGCCCAAAAAAUUAUCACUCGAAACAAACUUAUGAUCGAUCCUCCGAUACUAGAUUCUCCACUUAGUCCAUCACCGCCACCUGCUAAUAAUCGAAAUGAUGAUAAUGUUGUCGUCAAUUCAUGUGGGGAAUCAUUGUGUUCUGAUUCUAAGCAGUCAAUUUCAAAUGAAAUGAAAAAUUCACAGAAGCCAAUCAAGCGCCGUGUACAGCAGAUAAAGAAGUUAGAAAAUGGACGAUCUAAAGUGAAUUUGUCACUAGAUAAUGUUCCAUCACGUGUACUAACGUGUCCAUCAUUGUAUACACGGGGUUCCCAAUCAAAUAAAUCUGACGUUGAAUUUUUCUCCUUAUUACUCGAUAAGUAUCCAUCUAGUGUUCUACAAUGGUGUGAUCAGCUUUCUUCUUCAACGUUUCUUCAUGAAAUUCCGAACAUUUUAACUACUUCUAGUCAUUCAACUCCAACUAAAUCGAACGACUCUUCUGUUCCCCCAAAUUCUUCAGUUGACAAUGAAUUGGUGCCAGAAAAUCACACAAAACCAAAGAAAAAGAAACGGCCGUCAAAGUCGACGAACGCAAAAGCAGUUUGAAAUGUUUCAAAAUUAAAAGUAAAAUUGGCAACUGACUGAGUCAAUAUUAAAAUUGGAUAUUUCCAUCGUUAUCUCAAUCAACUUUUUCUUGUUUGUCCAACAAUUAUUGUCUAUUAACAGAUUUAACUGGACAGACACUUUCACUGAUGCAAACUAUGUAUAAUACCGCCAAUAAUCCAAAAGAAGAAUGUGAUAUUUCCCGCUGAAGUGAUGGAGCACUGCACACAAAUUUGCCGAAAAUAUUUUGCAUAAAUUAGUGUUGUAAUACAUUAUCAUACUAUACAUGUUUGCUGUUGCCGUUGCUGUUGAUUUUUUUUCUUUUUCGAAGCAUUUCUCCUUGUAGAAAAUCGUAUUCCUGUAAAUAUUUUUGUAUAUUUUUUUGUUUUCUUUUAAAAUGUAUAUAUUUUAUUACAUAAUCCUGCAUAUACGCAUUGUUAUAAUAAAGUUGCAUUUCUAUUCCUAUAGUAUUUUGCCUUCUU